AUGAAUAUGUCUGGGAUCUAUGAGAACCAACGUGGCCAGGGCAUGUCCCACUCCACAGGCCCCUCAAAGGUUCCCGAGGGCAUUGCAAGACACGUCCCCAAAGGUCUAGAGGAAGCUCUGCCUGAUUCUAUCCACCCAACCGGGACCUUUCCUGGCCAAUCUACCAACAAAUCGCACGCCAAUGAUAGUGGCAAUGCGUCCAAGGUUCCCCAAAAGCUCCAGGAGAAAUUGCCGGAGAGCGUUGAGAGAGCGGUUCCAAAUGCCAUUCACGACACUGGAGACACCAGCGGUGUGCAUCGUCAGCAGUAA